CAAGCUUGCUACACAUUCUUUGCAAAUUUGCAACUAGAUAUAGCCUGCGAGGUUUUGUGCGCAAUGGGCAUGGCUGACAAGAGGUCGGCUGCAAGGAAGGCCGGGCUAAUCACCAAGGCACUGGACCGGUGCUGGACCGCGCCGGUGAGAAACAGCAAGCCGGUGGAGGGCUGCUUCUCGGUGUAUGUUGGCGCCGGGAGACAGCGUUUCGUGGUGCGGACAGAGUGCGUGAACCACCCGCUGUUCCGAGCGCUGCUGGAGGAGGCCGAGGAGGUGUUUGGGUACGCGGACGCAGGGCCCCUCGAGCUUCCCUGCAACACUGAGGCGUUCGCCGGGGUCCUGCAGCAGAUCGAGGAGGAGAAGCAGAUGGCAGCGGGAAGGAGGUACGGCCUUGUCAGGAGGAACUCCUACCGGGUGCUCGGGACCGGCCGGUCUGUCAUUAUCGGACGGUCGUAGCAUAGAAAUUGGAGUGGAAUUGGAUGAUGCCGAGUUGAUGAGCUCUAAAGUUUCUGUUGAGCAUUCCCAUUAUGAUAAACAACACCAUCAUAUACUGGGCAAUGUUAGAUAUUUUUCUUCUUCUUUUUUCUAUUUUUGUAAGGUAAUGCUAGAUGUUGAUGUGUGUUCCCAUCCUAAGUUGUAGUAACUGUUGGUGAAAGUGUUAUACAGAUGCACAUUCGAACCUGUAACUCUUGUG